AUGGAAGUGCAGGAUGAGUACGACCCAUCAAUCGGCUUUCGCGUCAAGGGCAAGGCCAAACUGCGAGAUGCUCUCCAAGAUACCUGUGUCAUCUGUCUCGACAACGUCACCGAACGCGCCGUCGCCGUACCUUGCAACCACCUGAACUUCGACUUCCUCUGUCUCUUGAGCUGGUCUCAAGAACACCCUUCCUGCCCACUAUGCAAGGCCCCGCUGACUGCCAUCGAGUACGACUGGCGUUCUCCAACAGAUCGCAAGGUAUACACCAUCCCCAAGCAAGAGGACAAGUCCGAGACACCCGCCGUCGCAUCCGCCACAUCUCGCUUUCGUCCUCCUCGCCGACGACCUGCUACAUCACAUCGUCCGACACAUACAAGCCCGGACGCCGCUCUCGCUUUCCGUCGCCGAAUCUACGCAGACCAAAACUAUAGUCUCCACGUAGGCACAAAUCGCACCUCACAGUACCGCAACUUCACACCCGCCACAUUCACCACUUCUCCUGCUCUGCAGUCUCGUGCCCGUCUCUUCAUGCGCCGUGAGCUCCAAGUUUUUGAUUUCCUGGCUGAGAACAAUGCCAGACUCGGCUUCCUCAUCGAGUACAUUGUCGCUAUCCUCAAGACGACCGAAAUCAAAGAUGCCUCUGGCUCUGCAAGUACUCUAGUGGCCGAGUUNUUGGGAGCGAGUGCUGCGUCGCUGUUCCUGCACGAGUUGGAGGCUUGGUUACGAAGUCCAUACGAGAGACUGGAGGAUUGGGAUCGUCAUGUUCAGUAUGCGCCCAAGCGGCCUAGCUAUGGCAACGGACGACCAUGA